AUACAAAAUGAUGGAUAUUCCAGUUUAUUUUCAUCGAGAAAUUGGUCCGGAACCUUACAUUUAUAAUCCUCAUCAAAGCAUCCCCGCGUGUUUCCGCUUUCUCAUUUGGAUAUACACAAGGCCAUGCGAGUUUCUGUGAAUGGCUUUCAUAUUUUUGACGCCCAUGAACGUACUUGGUGAUUUUCAUUUGUCUAAAUUUUCUGUCAAAUUGCAUUAAUAUCUCCACUGAUAGGACAAACCUGCAAUUCAGGGAAUAAUCAAUUGACAUUCACCACUGGAGCGAUCUGUGGUACAACAUUUCAUAACUUCGUCAAUAAUCACUUAAUAUAGUAGGACAAGCAAGCGCUUUCAGAUGGGAGCUACAUAUAGUAAAUGAACUGGACUUCCCGGAAUAUAAAUCAUGCUCAAAUGUUUACAAAGGAUUAGCAGUGUUCACAAACCAGAGAUUUCGUUGAGGCCGAAAUGUUUGGACCUACAGCGUACGAUGAAUCGGGAGGCCCACCGGACCAGCUCAUACGAGAUCCCAAACCUGAUCCUGCGGCGGGGACAGACCUUUGACAUGAGCAUCGCCUUUGACAGGGUCUUCUCUGAGCAAGAUGACACCUUUACUUUACAGUUUGUCACAGGACGCAAACCUAUGCAAAGCAAAGGGACUGUCAUAUCCGUCCACAAAGCGCGGGAAGUUAAUCCGGGUUCCUGGGGUUACCAAAUUACGGAGAUUGACGAAAAGAAAGUCAGCAUUAAGGUGUGUACUUCCGCCAGCGCCAUUGUCGGCAAGUAUCAACUGUUCGUUGAUACCGUCCACAAGCUCAAAGAUGGCGCCUCCCAGAAAUGUCGCUAUUGUCAUCCAGACGACAUCUUCGUCAUUUUCAAUCCUUGGUGCGUAGGAGACUCUGUGUACCUUGAGGAGGAGACACACAGGGAGGAAUUCGUGUUGAACGAGACGGGCAGGAUCUGGAUGGGCACCGUCGGCAAAUUCUGCGUGCGCCCCUGGAACUUCGCGCAGUUUGAUGACGUGUGUUUGAUGGCUGCCCUGUCAAUGAUGGAGAAAUCAGAGCUUGGGGACCCGGCCCGAGGAAACCCACUACUAGUAGUCAAAGCACUCAGUCGCGUGAUAAACAAUAACGAAAGAGACGGCGGUGUUUUGGUCGGAAACUGGUCAGGAAAGUAUGAUGAUGGCAUUUCUCCCUAUGCUUGGAACGGAAGUUCGUCCAUCUUGGAGGAAUUCCUAAAGAAAAGGAAAGGUGUUAAAUACGGACAGUGCUGGACGUUUUCUGCCAUCGCAACAACAGUGUUUAGGGCCCUGGGAAUUCCGACCCGAUGCAUCACUAACUUCCGCUCGGCCCACGACAGUGACUACAGCAUACAGAUUGACAACUUCUGGACUCCGGAAGGACGGCCCAGGAAGAUGAUGGACGACACCAUCUGGGACUUCCAUGUUUGGAAUGAGAGCUGGUUCCGGCGCCCAGACCUGCCCGAGGGGUAUGACGGGUGGCAGGCUUUUGACCCCACCCCUCAGGAAUGUUACGAAGGUGUGUUUACCUGUGGUCCGUGUCCUGUCCGUGCCAUACGCAAUGGGGACCUCUACUUGGGUUACGACACCAAGUUCUUGUUUGCUGAGGUCAACGGGGAUCGGGUCUUUUGGACGGUAGACUCAGAGGGAAACAUGACCCCCGUGUUUAAAGAUUAUGACGUUGUGGGCAAGUUCAUGAGCACAAAAGCGGUGAAUACCAUAUCACGGGAUGACGUCACAUCUAAAUAUAAACACGAAGCAGAUUCCAUUGAAAAGGCGGACGUCAUUACAAAAGCUAAUGGAUUCUGUGGCCGCACUGACGUCACCAUUCAGAAGCCGUCGGCGUCGGACGUCGUGUUCAGCCUGAGUGGAGACGUGCAGAAAUCUGGGGACAUGGAGAUAGAGCUCAAAAUGGUCAACAACAGCGAGGAGCCGAGGAUCGUGGAGGUCUACAUGAUUGCCGUCGCCACCAAAUACACCGCCGUGCCUCUGAUAGAACUCAAAGACUCCAAUUCCACCAAUGUUCUAGAACCGCGCAAAGAUUCUGUUUCAUCUUUGAGUCUAAAAGGCACAGAAUACCUGAGUACACUGGACGCCGAUAGUCAUAUAUCCCUUUAUGUAAUGGCGACUGUCAAAGAAACCUCUCAAGUCUAUCUAAAACGGGAAAUAUAUCGAGUGGAGCAGCCAAAUUUAGAGCUCAAGACAGAAGGAAGCGCUGUAGUGGGUAAACCGUUCGAUGUAAUAGUCAAACUCGUCAACCCACUGUCUGUUCCACUCACUGGCGGCUCUCUUUGUAUGGAAGGACCAGGAAUGGUUAAACCCUCAUCAGUCAAAAUUAAAAAAUCGAUCGGUCCUAACGAGGAAUUUCGGGAGACAAUUCAAGUCAAGCCUCGGAGGGCCGGAAGAAGGGAGAUAAUCGCCAGUUUUCAGUGUAAACAGUUGUGUAAUGUGACGGGGGUGGUAGAAGUAGACGUUGUCAACGAGAGUAAAAACUAACAGACAAAAUCUGACGGACGAACUCCCACAAAUCCGAUAAUUGAUCCCCGCAGUCGAGUCUGAUAAGACAUUAAAAGGGGUUUAACCGCAACAGGACAUCAUAACACUGUGUUUAUCGAGUGCUUUUGUAUUAUUUUCUAAUAAAAGGAAUAUUGUA